GGCGCAGGCAAUAGGCGAGUAGGCGACACACCGCAUAUGACAUAAGUCAAACUGCUAUUUUACUUUAACUUUUACUGUUUUUAUUUAUUUAUAUUGAAUUCAAAAAUUCAUAAUCAAGAAAUACACAGAAUAAUAAGUAUUUUAAAACGUAUACCUACACAUGUUUAAUAAUAAUAAAGAACGGCUUUUCUAACAUGGAUGACCAGGCUAAAUCUCUGAAGUAUUUAGUGUCGGUAGAAAAGUUGGCGGAUGAAAUUUUGAGUGACAAGCGUGAAAUAGUACUAUUAGAUAAGAGAAGGAACCAAAACCGUGAAGCAUUGAGAGAUCUCGCUAAGACAAAUCAAAAGCAGUGCUGGGUUACUGUUGGCUCAGUACUCGUUAAACAUGACAUUGAAGCUACCAAAGCAUUGUUAGAAGCUGAUCAGAAGCAACUUAAUAUAGACAUUAACAAGCUGCGUAGUAAUCUUAAAGUAAAAGUUAAUGAUUUAAGAGAUUUGGAAAUGCAGCCACCUGUACCAGGAUUAAUGUUAGUACCAAUGUCAGAUAAAGAAACAAAAGCAUUCUCUAGAGCAGGUUUAAUAAACUACUAAUGAGGAUUCAAUCAUUAUGAAAUUAUAGCUGAAUCAGUGAACCUUUUAAUAGCAUGAUUAGUAAUCUGUAAAGCAAAUAAUGAUGGGGUAGUGGGGUAUUGAAGGGUAUUCAUAACAAACAAAAUAAUUAUAGAAGUGUAUUAAAGUUUGAAAUACAAAUAUAUUUUUUAUGAACCAUAUAAAUUACUUACACUCAUUUCUUUGUUUUAAA